AUGAAGUUCUACGCAUACUCCCUCGUACUGCCAAUCGCCUUGUUCAAACAGGCGUUUGCCGCUCCAAUCCCCAGGCCGUUAUCCAUUUGUCGUCUUCCUACAGCCUCUUACCUGUGGGUAGUCCCCAACGUAAUAUCAACGGCCCUCUGGUACUCAUCAUCCUUCCUAUCCGAUCCAGGUCCGACUGGCUUCAGGUGUUGCGGACCCAUCAGCGUAACUUUGGGCGGAACGUCAGUGAUUAUACGCUACGGAACCAAAACCAUCUGGUCUAACUCCUUUGCAGCUGCUUUCCCGACGGCAAGAUCUGUCCUUUGUCAAUGA